CAGGAACAUCUUUGAAGCUGCCAGCUCUUCUCCGUCCCGGCCCAGUUUGUGCAUGUGCUGGUCACUCUCUUGCUCCGUUUGGCAUUCUAAAUGCAGUAGCACUUCUCCAGGAUAACGCUUUUAAAAAUUCAAUCAGACUACAGUUAUAGAAAGCAGCUGUUUAGUGCAUUUGCUUUUUAUCAUCUGCCAUUAAAAUCGAGAUUGGAUCGAAAGACAGGCGAAAAUGGCAGGUUAUGUGGGAGUUCUGGUGUCGGAUCCAUGGCUGCAGAACCAGUUCACGCAAGUAGAGCUUCAGAGCUUAAAGUCCAAUUUCCUGACGAUGAGUGAAGAAUGCGGAAGCCUGAAGAUAUCAGACUUGCCGGAGAAAAUGUCUAGGCUGAAGAACGUCGGGGAGAACUUUACUGAACAAGAAAGAGAGGUGUUUCUCAGAGACUCGUUUCCGAACAUGGAAGACGAUGUUGAUUUUGAACUUUUCCUUCGGAUAUAUUUGAAACUCCAAGCACAUGCUACAGCUAGAAUGGGAAGCGAUGCAAAUAUUUCAUCAGCAUUUCUAACGUCUCCCACUUCUACGCUUCUUCACACAAUAAGUGAAUCUGAAAAGGCGUCAUAUGCAGCACAUAUUAACAAUUACCUUGCUGAAGAUAAAUUCUUAAAAGAGUACCUCCCUAUAGACCCUUCAACAAAUGAUCUCUUCGAGAUUGCAAAGGAUGGAGUUCUUAUAUGCAAACUCAUCAAUGUGGCUGUGCCCGGGACCAUUGAUGAACGGGCAAUAAAUAUGAAGAAAACCCUCAAUCCCUGGGAAAGAAAUGAGAAUCAUACCCUAGGCCUCAAUUCCGCCAAGGCAAUUGGAUGUACUUUGGUCAAUAUUGGAAAUCAAGAUUUCAUUGAAGGGAGGAGGCAUCUUGUUCUCGGGGUAAUAUCUCAAAUUAUUAAGAUUCAACUAUUGGCAGAUCUCAACUUGAAGAAAACACCUCAGCUAGUGGAGCUAGUUGAUGAUACUAAGGAUGUAGAAGAAUUGAUGAGCCUACCUCCUGAAAAGCUCUUGUUGAGAUGGAUGAACUUUCAAUUGAAAAAGACCAAAUACAGUAAAACAGUCACAAACUUCUCUACUGACAUAAAGGAUGCAGAGGCUUACACUCAUCUCUUAAAUGUUCUAGCCCCAGAGCACAGCAAUCCAGCUACACUAACCGUGAAAGGUAAUAUACAAAGAGCUAAGUUGGUUCUUGAACAUGCAGAUAAGAUGGGUUGCAAGAGAUACUUAACGGCAAAAGAUAUUGUGGAGGGUUUUCCUAAUCUUAACCUUGCAUUUGUGGCACAUAUAUUCCAGCAUAGGAAUGGGCUUUCAACACAAACCAAGCAGAUAUCUUUCCUUGAAACUAGUCCAGAUGAUGCCCAGAUGUCUAGAGAAGAGAGAGCAUUUCGUUUCUGGAUUAACAGUCUUGGGAACUCUUCAUACAUAGAUAACGUCUUUGAAGAUCUUAGGAAUGGAUGGUUGCUUCUAGAGACACUAGACAAGGCUUCCCCAGGAAUUGUUAAUUGGAAAAUUGCUUCUAAACCACCAAUCAAGUUGCCUUUUAGAAAAGUUGAAAAUUGUAACCAGGUUAUCAAGAUCGGCAAACAACUGAAGUUUUCCCUCGUUAAUAUAGCUGGAAAUGACAUUGUACAAGGAAAUAAGAAGCUAAUAUUAGCUUACUUGUGGCAGUUAAUGCGAUUCAAUAUGCUUCAACUCUUGAAAAACUUAAGAUUUCACUCUCAUGGAAAGGAAAUCAUGGAUACAGAUAUCUUAGAUUGGGCUAACACCAAAGUCAGAAAAUCCGGGAGCCAGAGUCGCAUGGCCAGCUUUAAGGACAAGAGUUUGUCUGAUGGCAUCUUUUUCCUUGAGCUGCUUAGUGCUGUAUACCCUCGAGCAGUCAACUGGAGUAUGGUAGCAAAAGGAGAUAAAGAGGAGGAGAGAAAGAUGAAUGCAACCUACAUAAUCAGUAUAGCAAGGAAGCUCGGUUGUUCCAUCUUUUUACUGCCUGAAGACAUAAUAGAGGUAAAUCAGAAGAUGAUACUUAUGCUGACAGCAAGUAUAAUGUACUGGUACUUGAAACAACCUGCAGAAGAUAGAAUGAGCGUAACAUCACCUUCGGACAGUGAGGCUGGUAGUGUUGUAGACACAACCUCCACAUCUUCCACAACGGACGAUACUGCUUCCGAGUCUUCAACAGAUGCAUGAGAACAUACUACUGGCAGUCGUAAUAGGUACUGCUCUAAUAUGUGUGUGUAUUAAUCAUCUGCGGAGCUUCUAAAACAAUCAAUAAUAUUCCGUUUUUGCUGAUCGGGUUGGCUAUCAUAUGCGUUUCUCAGCCUAUGAAAAGAUACACCUAUUAAAUCCUACAAAUAGAAAAUUGUAGAGAUAUGCUGUUUAUAUUUAGAGGAAUUAAUAGAUAUGAUUAAAUGCAUCUUAAUGUAACAUAUUUCCUGUUUGCCGAUUCAUUGGUAUUCUGAAAAUGAAUCAGGCUUUUUAUGUUGUAGUGUGUGGCUGAUUCCCCCUGAAAGGAACAACCAAGUACAUGCACUUGUGAGUUGUAAAUAGUAAAAAUGUUUGUUUGGAAAGGAGGCCUUUUGGAUAGCCUCUUGUUUGGGAUGGUGUAGAUCCCAUUCAGAAGCUUGUUCUGCUAUGCAAUAACAAAGAACUUGAACAUUAGAAAGUAAUAAUAUUUAGCUGGUUUUUUAUAAUCU